ACGGAGAACAGGACAAACUACAAAAAUUAAGUUAGUGGUAUUUAUUGUAGCUUUAAGGCAAGGUGCGUGGAGGCACACGGAGAUAAGUUUAGUUUCCGGCGGGCUGUCAGAGCCGGUCUACCGGGGGGCUGAGCUCGUGCCGCGCCGUCAUUCAGGAAGUCUCGAGCCACUGACAGCACUUCCACAAGUCGCUCGGAGAGCCCCGGAGUCGGAUUAAAUACUCCAGAAGUGCGUGCUCUUGCUCCGCGGGGACGACUUCGGGUCAAGGUACAACAUCCAGUCAUGAGGGCUCCUGGUAAAAACACAUCCCUUGACCUACACUGAGGAGAGAGUAAAGGAGUCACGGACGCGGGCCUGACAUCAACCUUCACACAUUUCACACAGGUUCUAGCUGGCCAAUGCCGGGCCCAUCGUGGACCACAGGUGGUGGCAGCAGCAGCAGUAGUGUCUACGUGCCCAUGUCCAGCCAAUAAUGCCGUCGUCCACACACAAAGGAGUGCCGAAGGACCCCGAGCUGGCCGACCUCUUCUUCAAAGAUGAUCCGGAGGAUGUCUUCUGUGACCUGCACGAGAUCGGACAUGGCAGCUUUGGAGCCGUGUAUUUUGCACGUAACUCCUACUCCAACGAGGUGGUGGCCAUCAAAAAGAUGUCCUAUAAUGGCAAGCAGACUACCGAAAAGUGGCAGGACAUCAUUAAGGAAGUCAAGUUUUUGGUACAGCUGCGACACCCAAACACGAUUGAGUACAAAGGCUGCUACUUGAAAGACAACACUGCCUGGCUGGUGAUGGAGUACUGUUUGGGCUCUGCAUCAGAUUUACUAGAGGUUCACAAGAAACCACUCCAAGAGGUGGAAAUUGCUGCCAUUACCCAUGGUGCCUUGCUAGGACUGGCUUACUUACAUUCCCAUAAUAUGAUUCACAGAGAUGUGAAAGCUGGUAACAUCCUGCUGACUGAACUCGGUCAAGUCAAACUGGCCGACUUCGGCUCCGCCUCCAUCGCCUCACCUGCCAACUCUUUCGUGGGGACACCUUACUGGAUGGCCCCAGAAGUGAUCCUCGCCAUGGACGAGGGUCAGUACGAGGGGAAAGUGGACAUCUGGUCCCUGGGGAUCACCUGUAUCGAACUCGCGGAGCGUAAACCACCCUUGUUUAACAUGAACGCCAUGAGUGCCUUAUAUCACAUAGCCCAGAACGACUCUCCCACACUGCAGUCCAAUGAGUGGUCUGACCCCUUCCGGAGCUUUGUUGACUACUGCCUACUGAAAAUUCCUCAGGACAGACCCUCGUCGGGGGAGCUGCUACGACAUGACUUUGUGCGCCGGGAUCGCUCGCCGCGUAUCCUCAUCGACCUCAUCCAGAGGACCAAGGAUGCGGUGCGUGAGCUGGACAAUCUGCAGUACCGCAAGAUGAAGAAGAUCCUUUUCCAAGAGAAACACAACGGGCCCAUGGGGGAGAGCCAGGAGGAAGAGGAGGACAGCACAGGGCACGGCUAUAAGAUGAACAGCGUGGGCAGCAACCACUCCAUCCCCAGCACCUCUGUCAGCACAGGGAGUCAGAGCAGCAGUGUGAACAGCAUGCCGGAGGUGCUGGACGACCCCUGCUCCGACAAGCACCCGCAGGACUACAGCAACCCAAUGGACUCCCCCCACACCAAAAAGGACCAUCCAUACAACUGGGAAGACGGGCUCCACAGAGACCACCUGCCGGAGCUGAGACCAGCCUCCUCAGACAAGAGCAGCCAGGCCCACAACUACAAAAACCAAGGCCGCUUUGCCACAAUAAAAUCCGCCUCACUGGUGACCAAACAAAUCCACGAGCAUGAGCAGGAAAGCGAGCUGCGGGAGCAGAUGUCGGGUUACAAGCGCAUGCGGCGGCAGCACCAGAAGCAGCUGAUCGCCCUGGAGAACAAGCUGAAGGCCGAAAUGGACGAGCACCGGCUCAAGCUGCAGAAGGAGGUGGAGACGCAGGCCAACAACGCCUACAUCGAGCUGGAGAAGCUGGCCAAACGCCACGCUGUGCACACUGAGAAAGAGAUGAAGACGGCCCUGACAGAUGAGAAGAAGUUCCAGCAGCAGAUUGUGGCCCAGCAGAAGAAGGAGCUAACUACUUUUCUGGAUAAUCAAAAGAAACAGUAUAAACUCUGCAAAGAGAAGAUUAAGGAGGAGAUGAACGAGGACCACAGCACACCCAAGAAGGAGAAGCAGGAGCGUCUUUCCAAGCACAAGGAGAACAUGCAACACUCCCAGGCCGAGGAAGAGGCCCACCUCCUGGCCCAGCAGCGGGUCUUCUAUGACCGCAACUGCCGCGCCUUCAAACGCAAAACCAUGAUCAAGAGACACGAUCUGGAGCAGGAGCAGAUUCGAGAGGAGCUGAACAAGAAGAAGACCCAAAAGGAGAUGGAGCACGCCAUGCUGAUCCGCCACGACGAGUCCACGCAGGAGCUGGAGCAGCGGCAGCUGAAGACCCUGCAGAAGCUGCGCAUGGACCUGAUCCGCCUGCAGCACCAGACCGAGCUGGAGAACCAGAUCGAGUACAACAACAGACGGGAGCGCGAGCUCCACCGCAAGCACGUGAUGGAGCUCCGGCAGCAACCCAAGAACCUUAAAGUGUUGGAGCUGCAGAUCAAGAAGCAGUUCCAGGACACGUGUAAGGUGCAGACCAAGCAGUACAAGGCCCUGCGCCACCACCAGAUGGAAGUGACGCCCAAGGCCGAGCACAAGACGGUCCUCAAGGCCCUGAAGGAUGAGCAGACGCGCAAGCUGGCCAUCCUGGCCGAGCAGUACGAGCAGAGCAUCAACGAGAUGAUGGCCUCGCAGGCGCUGCGUCUGGACGAGUCCCAGGAAGCCGAGUGCCAGGCCCUGAGGCAGCAGCUGCAGCAGGAGAUGGAGCUGCUCAAUGCCUACCAGAGCAAGAUCAAGAUGCAGACCGAGGCGCAGCACGAGCGCGAGCAGCAGAAGCUGGAGCAGAAGGUGUCGCUGCGCCGGGCUCACCUGGAACAAAAGAUGAAAGAGGAGCUGGGUUCCCUUCAGAAGGAGCGGACGGACCGGAUCAAACACCUGCUGGAGCGUCAGGAGCGGGAGACCGACAGCUUCGACAUGGAGAGCAUGCGUCUGGGUUUCGGGAACUUGGGCACCUUGGACUUUCCCAAGGAUGAUUACAGAUGAGAGGCCGCCAUCCGAGACGCCGCCGUUCUCUCGUGCUCCUUUUCUCUCCUUCUCCUCUUUGACCUGACCUGAGCCGACAGGGCAGAUUUUCACUGCUGCUGACAGCCUCACGUAAACACACUUAUCUUACACACAAACACACACACACAUACAUACACACACACACAUCCCAGCUCCAGAUCUAGCCGGUUGUGUUUCCUGGGCCGGGUCAGGUGGGCUCCACAGCAGGUGGGUCAGAGUCCCCAAAGAAAAAAAAAUAAGAAAAAGAAAAAACAAACUUCCUCCCUUCCCUCGCCUCUCGUGGUGUCACAAAAAAAAAAAUGCUGGAUAACUUGCAGUAGUUGUCAUGUUUUAUUUGUACGAAUAAUGAUAACGUAGUCACAGUGUUUCUCGUUUCUUGUGCAAUGACGACACUUCGGUGUGACUGCGAGUGCAAGGCGAGAGAGACGCCGGGAGGGC